ACGCCGUACGCCGUAUUCACCGGUUGCGAUUGGACUACGUUUCUAGCUCACAAAACUUAUUUUCGUUUUCUGAAACAACGCGCGAUCGUCAACAUGGGAAAACCGAAGCAUUUAACUAACAAACAGAAUCCGUUUGCGAAGAAAAAGCGUCAUAAUAAAGAAAAGGCCGACGAACCACCGGCACGCAGGGAAAAGCCGUACGAAAGCAUCGUACUGAAGAACGAAUCUUUUGAAGCCUACUAUAAGCAUCAACAGAUCUGCAGUAGCGAAGAAGAAUGGGAUCAGUUCAUCGAACACAUGAGGAAAAAUCUUCCGGUGACGUUUCGUAUCACAGGAUCGAAGGCACAAGCAAACUUGCUGUUGAAACUGAUCAAGCGGGACUUUUUCGAUGAGUACUUCCGCGCAGUAAAGGAACUGCGCAAGGAAGAAGAAGGCGCUCACGUCGAACCGCCCCAAUGCCUCGGUUGGUAUCCGGGUGAAAUGGCCUGGCAGUUGGAACUUAGCCGAAAGGAUAUACGUCGGUCAGAGCCGCUGUUCAAGCUGCACAAUUUUCUCAUCUCGGAGACGAGCUCGGGUAACAUAAGUCGACAGGAAGCUGUUUCUAUGAUACCGCCACUAGUGCUGGACGUUCAGCCGCAUCAUAAGGUGCUUGAUAUGUGUGCGGCACCCGGUUCGAAGACGGCACAGCUCAUCGAAUCAUUGCAUGCCGGCGAAGGAACUGGAAUACCACCCGGCUUCGUGAUGGCCAACGAUGUCGAUAAUAACCGAUGCUAUAUGUUGGUGCACCAGGCGAAGCGACUCAAUUCGCCGUGCUUCAUGGUUACUAACACGGACAGUGCCACUUUUCCAUCGAUGCAAAUCACGAAGGAUGGUGUGGUCAGUCCGCUAAAGUUCGAUCGGGUGCUCUGUGACGUGCCCUGCUCGGGUGAUGGAACGCUGAGAAAGAAUGCGGACAUCUGGACAAAGUGGAACCUUGGCCAGGCAACUAAUCUGCACGGACUGCAGUACCGUAUAUUGAAACGUGGUGCCGAGCUGCUAGAAGUUGGGGGAAAACUCGUUUACUCCACCUGUUCACUCAAUCCAAUCGAGAAUGAGGCCGUAUUGCAUCAUCUACUGAAACAGACGGAUGACUCGUUGGAAAUCGUCGAAUGUGGUCACAUGCUUCCAACGCUGAAGUACUCCAAAGGGAUGACCUACUGGGAACCGGCCACCCACAAGGAGCUAAAGUACUAUAAAUCCUUCGACGAGGUACCGGAAAAUCAGCGAACCGUAUUGCGACCAGAUAUGUUUCCUCCGGCGAAGGAAGAAUCUGUCGAAAAGUUCCAUCUCGAUCGGUGUCUGCGAAUAUUACCCAAUCAGCAGAAUACGGGAGGAUUCUUUGUAGCGCUGAUUGAAAAAAAGAAACCACUCCCAUGGGAAUCGACAGACACUAAGGAAGACAAUGGCCAAGAUCUAGCGAAAGGAUCCGAAGCGCCGGAACCACCGACAAAAAAAGCUAAAUACAUGCGCGGAUUUAAAGAAGAUCCGUUUGUAUUUUUCGACGACAAUGAAGACGUUUUCGAGUCGAUAAACGAGUUCUAUAAACUCAGCGAAGGUUUUAACCCAAGAAAUCUGCUGACUCGUUGCAAGGUCGGUAAGAAGAAAAACAUCUACUUCUGCUCCAGUGUGGUACGCGAUUUGGUGCAGUUGAAUGAGAAACGCGUGAAGUUUAUAAAUCUUGGCGUCAAAUCGUUUGUUCGCUGUGUCACGCGAAACAUCAAGUGUGAGUUCCGCCUAGCCCAGGAGGGACUAGCAAACGUGAACGCGUUUAUCGGUGAACGACGUCGCGUAAAGGUUCAGCCAAGCGAUUUAAUAGAGCUACUUUCCUGUACCGACCCAACAAAGCCACCGGAAAUAGCGGCACUUACUGCUGAAACGCAGGAAAAUUUAAAGAACUUUGAUUCGGGUAGCUGCAUUCUACAGUGCGAACUGGAUGAACUGAACCUGGCCGUGGUCGGAUGGAAGGGAGCCGUCAGCUUGAGAGCUUACGUCGAUCAAUACGACACGGUGCACCUGCUUCGACUCCUUGGGGGCGAUCUGUCCAAAUUCGAGAAAAACAAAUUCCAAGAUAAGUUGAGAGCGGAACAGGAAGGGGAGCAAAAGGAUGAUGACGGAGACGAAGAUAUAGUUGAGAACGAGAGUCCAUCCCCGGGUGAAGGUGAGGUUGCACCGACGGAAGAAACGGCCUAGUAAUGGCGGUUGUACAAACAAUGAGAAAAUUCGUUAAACUUAUACAACUUACUUUGUUCAAAAUAAAGCCUUAUCAUAACCGAGGUUAAGCAACUGAAAUGCAGGACCAACGAUAAAACGAGUAAUGGCUACUGCCA